UACUGGCAGCAGCCAGCCUCUGCUGUGCCCACAUGACCCACAACUCUGGCAGCGGACCGGGCACUUCCAACAUUAUUAAAUAAUAAGAAAGCGGCUCCUACUCCAUGCCCAAACCUCCCUACAGACCGGUGGACACCUUCUAAGAGUUUGACGAGUCGGUGACUGAGGCGCCCGUCCAUUCCAAGAUAAGUGAGAUUUACCAGUCCCUGGAUGAAACGCUUGGAAAGUCUUUAAAUGCCAGAGUUGACUGCCAUUUCAAAGAAAAGAAAAUAGAUGGUUUUGAAAAGUUCAUGCUGUUUCUUCAUUGAAUUUUAGAAUGAUUGAAGAUAGUGGGAAAAGAGGAAAUACCAUGGCAGAAAGAAGACAGCUGUUUGCAGAGAUGAGGGCUCAAGAUCUGGAUCGCAUCCGACUCUCCACCUACAGAACAGCGUGCAAGCUGAGGUUUGUUCAGAAGAAAUGCAAUUUGCACCUGGUGGACAUUUGGAACGUCAUAGAAGCUCUGAGGGAAAAUGGUCUGAACAACGUGGACCCAAACAUAGAACUCAACGUGGCCCGAUUGGAGGCUGUGCUCUCCACCAUUUUUUACCAGCUCAACAAAAGGAUGCCAACCACUCACCAAAUUCAGGUGGAGCAGUCCAUCAGCCUCCUGCUAAACUUCCUGCUGGCAGCCUUUGAUCCGGAAGGCCAAGGUAAAAUUUCAGUAUUUGCUGUCAAAAUGGCUUUAGCCACAUUGUGUGGAGGGAAGAUCAUGGACAAAUUAAGAUAUAUUUUCUCAAUGAUUUCUGACUCCAGUGGGGUGAUGGUUUAUGGACGAUACGAUCAGUUCCUGCGGGAAGUUCUCAAACUACCCACAGCAGUGUUUGAAGGGCCUUCAUUUGGUUACACAGAACAGUCAGCUAGAUCCUGUUUCUCUCAACAGAAAAAAGUCACCUUAAAUGGUUUCUUGGACACGCUCAUGUCAGAUCCUCCCCCGCAGUGCCUGGUCUGGCUGCCCCUUCUGCAUCGACUGGCAAAUGUAGAAAACGUCUUCCAUCCAGUUGAGUGUUCGUACUGCCACAGUGAGAGUAUGAUGGGAUUUCGCUACCGAUGCCAACAGUGUCACAAUUACCAGCUCUGUCAGGACUGCUUCUGGAGGGGACAUGCCGGUGGUUCCCAUAGCAACCAGCACCAAAUGAAAGAGUACACGUCCUGGAAAUCACCCGCUAAGAAGCUCACCAACGCGUUAAGCAAGUCUCUGAGCUGUGCUUCCAGCCGUGAACCUUUGCACCCCAUGUUCCCUGACCAGCCUGAGAAACCACUCAACUUGGCCCACAUCGUGCCACCCAGACCUGUAACCAGCAUGAAUGACAGCAUGUUCUCCCACUCUGUCCCCUCCUCAGGAAGUCCUUUUAUUACCAGGAGUAUGCUUGAGAGCUCCACCCGGCUUGAUGAAGAGCACCGGCUGAUCGCCAGAUACGCGGCAAGACUGGCAGCAGAGUCCACUUCGUCUCAGCCAGCACAGCAGAGGAGUGCCCCUGACAUCUCCUUCACCAUUGAUGCAAAUAAGCAACAAAGGCAGCUGAUCGCAGAACUAGAAAACAAGAACAGAGAAAUCUUACAGGAGAUCCAGAGGCUGCGGCUAGAGCAUGAACAAGCUUCUCAGCCCACUCCAGAGAAGGCGCAGCAAAACCCCACUCUGCUGGCAGAGCUCCGCCUCCUCAGACAGCGCAAGGACGAGCUGGAACAGAGAAUGUCUGCUCUCCAGGAGAGCCGGAGAGAGCUAAUGGUCCAGUUAGAAGGUCUCAUGAAGCUACUAAAGACCCAGGGGGCAGGCUCUCCCCGCUCCUCCCCCAGCCACACCAUCAGCAGGCCCAUCCCCAUGCCCGUCCGGUCAGUGUCUGCCUGCUCCACCCACACGCCUCAGGACUCUCUCACAGGGGUAGGGGGAGACGUACAGGAGGCGUUUGCGCAAAGUUCAAGAAGAAAUUUAAGGAAUGACUUACUAGUAGCAGCGGAUUCGAUCACUAACACCAUGUCCUCUCUCGUGAAAGAGUUGAAUUCCGAGGCGGGGAGUGAAACUGAGAGUAACGUGGAUUCUGAAUUUGCACGGACUCAGUUUGAAGAUCUGGUCCCAUCACCAACCUCUGAAAAGGCUUUUCUAGCGCAAAUCCAUGCCCGAAAACCCGGGUACCUUCACAGUGGAGCUACCCCAAGUGCCAUACGUGGCGACGUAUUUGCUCCGAAACUCCCACUGUGGUUGAUUCCCAGGGUUACAGAAGAUGGGGACCCAUAUGUGCGGCCAGAGGAUGAGAACUAUGAAGAUGACUCUGUCCGGCAGCUGGAGAAUGAGCUGAAGAUGGAGGAAUACCUGAAACAGAAGCUACAGGACGAAGCCUACCAGGCAAGCUAUAGUCAGACAGAUGAAAGUAACAUGAGAACUGGUGAUGAAGGACAGAGCUGCACCCACCCCUACAGAGGAGAAGACGGCAGCCUCACCUCACAGAAGAGAGGACCCACCGCACGCAGCAGCUCCCGACAGACCCCUGCCCCUAAAGACGCGUUCUGCCGGCUAUAGCGCAGCUAACUUUUCGUUCUCAGAUUUGUAGUUCAUAGAUGUGUGUUUUGAGAAGGAAAAAAAAAAAGACUUCUGUUCAAAGCUAACUUAUCAGCUACAUCUUCUGUAACAUGUCUCAUCCCUCAAAAUGAAAACACAGGCUGAAAUCCCGUGCUGCUGUUACUCACAACGGCAGUAUUAACAAGCAUCUUAAACCUUUGCACAUGAUAUUGAACCUGGUCAGUUUACAACGACAAUAUUAAUACUGUUUAUAGCUAGGAGUUUGAUUUCUGAAUUCUCUGAGAUUUUAGCAAAACAAUUGAUUAUAUACACUGUACAUUUUUUUUUUCCACAGCAGUUGGAGAAAAACAACCACUUGCAAUUACUCACUAAGCCCAAAGGAUUUGGUUCCUGAGGGUACAGACUCAGAGCCCUAAAGCCAAGAAGGGCCCUCGGCCUGCAUGGUCUGCACUUGUCUCCAAGUCUCUGAGAGCAGAGGCUUGAACCAAACACACCAGGAGAAUCCAGUCUUUGGGGCUUCUUUCCAACUUGGGGUUGUUUUCUUUCAAGAUACUCUAACCAAUCAGCCAUAGAGUUUAGUGUAAAUAUUUUUUUUCCAAAUAGAGAUCAUAUUCCCAAAAAAAAAAAAAAAAAGGCAACAUUCAAAUUAUAUAGAAUCUAGUUUUUAAAAUCAGCACAGAUCUUCUUAAAAACUGUGAACUCUGUUUUGAAAUACUCGUUACUAAAGCUGUUUAUAAACCACAGGUGCCAUAAGAUCCCCCCAAUGGACUCAAGUUAUCUCUGCUCUUCCACGGGCUGGUUCCUCUCGGUUUAGCUUUAGGGAGCAUGUCUCUAACAGCACCGCUCAACCGCAAGUUCCCCUAUCAGGUCGUUUGGACGCCUUUCAGCUUUAAAUGUACAGGCUUAAAGUGCGCUUGCAAACGUUCGCCCUCCUUUUCUUUCUGAAUGUGUAUUGCCUUAGCUGGCUACCUGGUGUUCUGCAUGCAGCCUCCUCUGGUCACGUGAGGAAACGGGCUCCUCUAAGUGGAGUUGGGAUUCUGCACUCCAUGAAAAGCUAAUGUGCAAAAGAACUGACAAGGGAGAAUGAAUGACUCUGUCGAUGGUCCUUUCUGAGGGCCCUCUUUGGGGAGCGCUAAAGACCUCCCUUAGGGACUCUGGGGAAAUGAAAAAAUCAUCUUCUACUCGUUUCAAGAUUUGAUGAAAUAAACAUCCUACAACAUAGUAGACACAUUAUCCUUAAAUUGGCAGCUUCCCUGGAUUCCUGUUUCUCCCUUAAGAGAAAGAAGAGAGCAUCAUUUUAGAACAGUGGUUCUCACAGUGUGGUCCCUGGACCAGCAGCAUCAGUAUCACCUGGGAAUUUAUCAGAAAUGCAGAUUCUUAGGCCCUAACCCAGGCCUAAGGAAUCAGACAUUCUGGGGCUGGGGCCCAGUAAUCUGUGUUUGAAUAAACCCUCCAGGUGAUUCUGAUGCAUGCCAAAGUUGGAGAACCACUGCUUUAGAAUAAAGUUGUAUAAUAAAAUCUCUGAAAAAGCCUUAUUCAGAAUAAGCAAGAAAGAUUCUGAGUCAACCUCAAAGCUUCAGCUAUUCGGUUUUGCUUCCAGGGCUGGCAAAAACCUGCCACCUCCCAGAGUCGGUAGUUGGUGGGUGCCCAGCUGAGAAGAGACAUCCUGACAUCUUCCAGCUUCCUCUCCAGAGAGCUCUAAGAUGUUCACGUCUGUGCACUGGGUCAGAAACCACCUCCUUGGUUGCCCUGUGGAACAAAAUCGCUUGCCUUGGGGCUAGUAAAGCUCUUGGUUGGCAUUAGCGAGGAGCCCAGUCUGCCCACUGAUGUACUUAAUCAUAUUUCCCUCGGGAGAACCAGCCUGACAAAUGUCCCUGAGAACAGGCUGACACCAAAGGGACACAACUGCACAGUUCUCAGAUUUCUUUGCACAGAUGGAUUUUAUUGCGGAUUUUGUUGGUAUAUCUUAAUGUUCAUCUCUUUUCCACUGCCCAUCCUCUGUGAACCCGUGCCUCUCUAGAUGGAGCAGGUGGCCACUGGUGCCUCAUACUCAGUACUUAAAACCACUACAUCCCAGCUACCUACAUGGCUGUCAGCUCUCAAUCAUAGCCGGGCAGUUCUCGAACUCAGAACCCUGACCCUGCAGGUGGCAUUCAGCCACCAACUGGACCGAGCUGACAGGUGUUGUCAUUUUGUGUUUCUACAUCAAAACGUUUGUCUAAGGUUUGAACUGUUCUGCCAAUAACCUUCCCCCGUCAUAGCAUUCAUUGCCAACUCCAUCACACGGUUGUCGAAACCAUCGUACAAAGCCAUUGCAAGGACUCUGGAAACUGCUGCCAAUGACCAAUUCCUGACUAACCAGCCACCUUUUCUUUCUCUUAGCUCCACGUCAGCACUGAGACCAGACUCAAGCACCCCUGUCCUGUAACCGAGACAAAAUGGCGUGUGUUAUUCUGGGUUUUUGUAGUUUGCGGUGGGUUUCUUUCCUUGGCUCUCCAAAUCUACUUUUGGGGCCUGUUCUAAGUGCAAACCCAGCAGGUGCCACCUGUCCUGUCCAUUAGAUCCAAUUCCGUCUGGCGGGGGUCGUUUCUUUCUUGUUCCACGAUGAAUUGCACAUCCACCUCCAUUAGAGAUGUUGGCCUAUUAAUGAGCACUGGUCUAACACAGCCAACCCUCCCCCACGGGGCCAUGUAAUGGAGGGAGGGAGGAGGGUGAAAUCUACUGUAGGGGAUUCAGGAAUCAGUUGUGGUUGGUCAGGAUGGAAGUCGGGGUAAAUUUAGUUGGUCAGAGGGAGAUGUGCUGGAGAUUGUGAAAAAUGGAUUCUCGAGUGAUCUACUAUAAGGCAGGGAAGGUUCAUUUGUAAGUAGUAAUGUGAACUGAACUACAUAAGAGUGUGGCCUUUGUUGUGAUAUACUAUGUAUUUUCUUAUAUGCAUGAGCCAGACUGUUGCAUCAUAAUUUAGCACUGAUGUCUGCUUUUAUUUUGAUCAUCUUUGUCCACCCUUUUUAGUUCUUGGCUGUUAACUGUAGGUAGACGUUGUAAAUCCGGCAGCCUUUGGUUGCUGCAGUCACCUUGGUUCAAUUCCGCACAAGGAGCCACAAACAAGAACUCCACUGUGUCCUCAGAAGAAAGGGCAUUUUUACCUUUGAACCAAAAAGAGGGGGAAAAAAAUCAGAAGUAUCACAUCCUGAGGCUAAUUAACUAUAAGACAUUUUUAAUUGUGACUACUGUAAUUUGACACCAUUUGAAAAAACCAAUUCAGAGACACUAAAGAUUUCACAACAUUCAUUGGUAUGUAACAAAACUACUAUUGUAUGGGUUUUUUGUAUUGCUGUUAAGUAUCGUUUUGUGUGUAUGUGUGUGUGUUGGAACCUCCUGGGGACAUGUUAUAUUUUGAAGUGAUUAA